AUGUCAUACACCAACGGAUACAACUCGAACCCUCACUCUCACUCCAACACACCUGCACCUCAAGAUCAGAAUAAUAAUGCUGCUGUCAAGGUACAACCUCUGUUAUGCUCGGGUCAUACUAGACCUGUGACCCAUCUAUCGUUUUCCAACUUACUCGACGACGGAACUUACCUACUGAUAUCAGCGUGUAAAGAUGGUAAUCCGAUGUUACGAAGUUGGUUGGGUGAUUGGAUAGGUACUUUCCUAGGUCACAAGGGAGCCGUGUGGUCUUCCAAGAUAUCGUUGGAUACCUCAAAAGCAGUAACUGGAAGUGCUGAUUUCACAGCUAAGAUAUGGGAUUGCAACUCCGGUGAAGCGCUUCACACAUUCUCGCAUAAUCAUAUAGUACGAUCGGUCGCUCUCAACCCACAACAGACCCCUCAGUACCUAUUGACGGGUGGUCACGAAAAGAAGAUCCGAUUGUUUGAUCUAGGUCGACCGGAUGCUGAACCUUUGAUACUUGGAAGCCGACCCGAUGGACUAUCUUGUGAUGGGAUUGUCAGGAGUCUGGUAUGGGAUGAGGGUUCUGGUGGGACGAUGGGUGUCAGUGCUUCGGAGGAUGGAUUGGUUAGAUGGUGGGAUCUUCGAACAUUGAGUCAAACAGGUCAACUAGAUCUUGGAGAAUCCAUCACAUCGAUGGAAUUGGCUCAUGGAGGUGGCACGUUGAGCGUUACCGCUGGGAAGAAGGUGCAUUUCUUGGAUAUCCUCAGACAACAUCCACCUGUCACCGUCGAACUACCCCACCCACCCACCUCCGCAUCCCUCCACCCCUUCGCCAGAGAUCGAUUUGUGGUUGGAUCAACAAACGAUCCGUGGGUCAGAGUGUAUGAUCUGGACUCUGGAAAGGAGAAGGAGGUGUACAAGGGACAUCAUGGACCUGUACUUUGUGCGAGCUAUAGUCCGGAUGGCGAGGUCUACGCGAGUGGGAGUGAAGAUGGUACGAUCCGUCUCUGGCAGACCAAUCCAGGCAAGUCCUACGGACUAUGGCAAACGCAGGACUAG